AUGUUGACAGUGUCCCGGUCACAUGACAGCUCCGUCUGUGAACCAGGAAGCGAGAGGGCGGUGCUUUGCCAAGGGCUGGUGGGCUGAUAAAACAAGCAUCCACCAUGACAGCCAUCAAGCAUGCUCUCCAGAGGGACAUCUUCACACCCAACGACGAGCGUCUCCUCGGCAUUGUUAAUGUCUGCAAGGCAGGGAAGAAAAAGAAGAACUGCUUCCUGUGUGCGACAGUUACUACAGAGAGGCCUGUCCAGGUUAAAGUGGUAAAGGUGAAGAAAUCUGACAAAGGGGACUUUUACAAACGUCAGCAGACAUGGGAGCUCCGAGAUCUGACAGAAGUAGAUGCCAAAGAUGCAAGCAAGGAAAAUCCUGAAUUUGACCUUCACUUUGAGAAGGUGUACCGCUGGGUGGCCAGCAGUACAGCUGAAAAAAACUCCUUCAUUUCCUGUAUUUGGAAGCUGAACCAGCGAUACCUGAGGAAGAAGGUGGAGUUUGUGAAUGUCAGUUCUCAGCUGCUGGAAGAACUUCCUAAAGCGGAAGAGUCUGUGCCGAGUGGCGAGAGUCAGAGCGUUGCCGGGGGAGAUGAGGACGCUCUGGAUGACUACCAGGAGCUGAGCACCCGUGAAGAGCAGGACAUUGAGAGCAUGAUGGAGAUGUGCGAGUACGCCGUCUCCAAUGCCGAGGCUUUCGCAGAACAGCUCUCCAGGGAGCUGCAGGUUCUAGACGGGGCCAAUAUCCAGUCCAUCAUGGCGUCAGAGAAGCAGGUCAAUAUCCUAAUGCAGCUGCUGGACGAGGCGCUGGGUGAGGUGGACACCAUCGAAGGAAAGCUGAGCAGCUAUGAGGAGAUGCUCCAGAGCGUCAAGGAGCAGAUGGACCAGAUCUCACAGAGCAACCGCCUCAUCCAGAUCAGUAACACCAACAACGUCAAACUGCUGGAUGAGAUCCAGUUCUUAGUGAACUACAUGGACCUGUCAAAGGGACACAUCAGAGCGUUGCAGGAGGGAGACCUGACCUCCCCUAAAGGUAUUGAGGCCUGUAUCAAUGCCUCUGAAGCUCUUCUGCAGUGCAUGAACGUGGCCCUCCGACCAGGUCACGACAAGUUGAUGGCUGUGACGCAGCAACAGCUCCUGUUUGCUGAGCUGAGAGACACCUUCGCUCGCCGCCUCACCAAUCACCUCAACAAUGUGUUUGUUCACCAGGGCCAUGACCAGAGCUCCACCCUGUCGCAGCACACAGCUGAGCUGAGCCUGCCCAAACACAGCCCCCUCCACAGGGACCUGCUGCGCUACGCCAAGCUCAUGGAGUGGCUGAAGAACACCCACAGGGAGAAGUACGAGGGCCUGUCCAGGACCUAUGUUGAUUAUAUGAGCAGGUUAUAUGAACGAGAAAUCAAAGACUUCUUUGAGGUCGCCAAGAUAAAGAUGGCGGGUACAACCAAGGAGGCGAAGGGCAAAUUUGCCACGCUUCCGCGGAAAGAGAGUGCACUCAAACAGGAAACAGAAAGCCUUCACGGCAGCUCUGGGAAGCUGACAGGCUCUACCUCAAGCCUGAACAAGCUGACGGUGCAGGGCUCCAACAGCCGACGUUCCCAGUCGUCCUCCCUCCUGGACAUGGGCAACAUGUCCGCCUCAGACCUGGACGUGGCUGACAGGACCAAAUUUGACAAGAUAUUUGAGCAGGUCCUCAGUGAGCUGGAGCCUCUGUGUCUCGCAGAACAAGACUUCAUAAGCAAGUUCUUCAAGCUGCAGCAGCACCCGACAGUUACACCUCCUCUUGCUCAGCCCGAAACUGAGGAAUUAGAUGGAAGCACGCCAUCAAGAAUGCCUCCCCAGGCUGAACACAGACACUCCCUGUCAUCGGAGAAAGACAUCGUGCGGCUGAUGAUGAAUAAGAUCUUCCAGAGCAUCGAGACGGAGCUCAACAGUCUCAUCGCUCUGGGUGACAAGAUUGACAGCUUCAACUCUCUCUACAUGUUGGUGAAGAUGAGUCAUCACGUGUGGACAGCAGAGAACGUUGACCCAGCUUCUUACCUCAGCACUACUUUGGGAAAUGUGCUGGUCACUGUCAAGAGGAACUUUGACAAAUGCAUUUCUGGUCAGAUCAGACAGAUGGAGGAAGUUAAGAUUUCCAAGAAAAGCAAAGUUGGUAUCCUGCCUUUUGUUACUGGGUUUGAGGAGUUUGCUGAGCUGGCUGAAACAAUCUUCCGUAACGCAGAGCGACGAGGGGACUUGGAUAAAGCUUACGUCAAACUUAUCAGGGCUGUCUUCAUGAAUGUGGAGAAGGUGGCCAGUGAAAGCCAGAAGACGCCACGUGACGUUGUGAUGAUGGAGAAUUUCCACCACAUCUUUUCCACACUGUCACGUCUAAAGAUCUCCUGCCUGGAUGCAGAGAGACGAGAGGCCAAACAUAAAUACACAGACCAUCUGCAGUCCUAUGUAAUCAACUCUCUGGGUCAGCCACUAGAAAAACUCAAUCAUUUCUUUGAAGGAGUUGAGGCCCGUGUGGCUCAGGGUGUUCGUGAGGAGGAGGUGAGCUACCAGCUGGCCUUCAACAAACAAGAGCUGCGCAAAGUUAUCAAAGAGUAUCCUGGCAAGGAGGUGAAAAAGGGACUCGAUAACCUUUACAAGAAGGUGGACAAACAUCUGUGCGAAGAAGAAAGUCUGCUACAGGUGGUGUGGCACUCCAUGCAAGACGAGUUCAUCCGACAGUACAAGCACUUUGAAGACCUGAUCGGCAGAUGCUACCCUGGAUCUGGAAUCACCAUGGAGUUUACCAUCGGGGACAUGCUGGAGUAUUUCUCCAGCAUUGCUCAGUCUCAUUAGUUUAGCUGCUAUGCACUUUUCAAUAGUGAUUCACUACUGCCUCAGAUUGACUGAUGAUACACUAGCUUCUCACUAAUUAUCCUGUUUGUUUUUUGUACAUUUCCUCUGUCAGUGAAUUUCAAUUAAAGGGAUUUCUAUAGCAGCGUAUUGCUGCCAUGUCAGAAAAUGGUAAACGGAUCAAUAACACCUCACAACAUGAGAGAAAGUUUAUUGUUCUAAUAAAAUGUUUUUCACGUUAUAACAAGAUAUUUUAUAAUGGCAUUCAAACUCAUUAUGUUAAAAUAAGAAACAUUUUUGUUGUUAAAUAUAAGAUUAUACCAUAUAUCUUAUAUAUACCAUGCAAUGUUUCAUGUUUCAACAUAAUAAAUGAUUGUUUUAACAUAAAAGUUUUGAUGUUAUAACAUGAUAACUUACUGUUUUUACAAAAGUUUUAAUGUUAUAACAUAAAAACUCAUUGUUAUAACAUUAAAAAAUGCAUGCCAUAAAAUCAUAACUUUUGAAGUUAUAAUAAAACUUUUUUGUAUAAUAUAAUGUAUUAUUAUAAAACAUGUCAUGUUAUAACGUGAUAACUUAUUGUUAUAACUAUAAACCAUAUAAGAUAAACAGUAUAUUGUUAUGGCAGGAAAGGUUAUAUGUAAUACAUUUGUAUGUAGUGAUUAUAACAUGAAAACAUGUUACAACAAAGGUUUCAUGGUAGUGAGACGGAUCCAUUAGUUUUCUCCUUUUUCUGUUGUGGCAGCAAUGAGCUUCCAUAACAGUGCUGCAGAUAUGUCUGCACUAUGUGCCUGUUUUUUGAGAUGCAACAACUCUGCUCUAUUUGUUUAUGUUCAAUGUUUAUUAUUUCCUUUAUGCCAUAUGUACAUAAUAAACUUGCUGCUGCCGGCCUA